AUGGAGAAUUAUCUCUUCCCUCAGGAAUUCUUUAUUGAUGGUUGGCUGAGCUCCAGUCCUACUAUCUGGGCAGUUAAUUUCAUCUUUGCCUUCGUAUGUGGACUGGGGCUCUUUGUCUUCUUACUUUCCUAUUUCCAUCCUGAUCCAUCCUCACCACCAGGCAAGAGACACAGAAAGAGCAGGAAGUACCAAGCAGAGCCACGGAGAAGGAGCAACAGAAGCCAGAAAAGCCAGACUCUGAAAGUUUUCAGAGAUUGCCUACAGGAUCUGGAAGAGGUUCAGGACUUGUUCUCCCUUCUGCAAAGCCACCUGGAAAGGCUCUCUGACCAAGGGGGCUUUCACCAGUCCUUAUGGCAAGCAGCCCCUGGGCAGGUGCACCGAGGGGCGCCAGCUGGAGCCUGUCAGCCAUGCAGGCAGCCUGUGGAAGACGCUGUUCCUGCCAUGGCCUCAUCACCUGCUCAUGCUCUGCUGACAGGGCCCCCUCAGCCUCUGGCCUCCACCCUGCCAGUGAGACCUCAAGAAGAGCAAACUAACUUAAAAAAAAUCCUACCAGACACAGUGAGAAAGAACUUUCUUCCAGAUAAUUCCUACUGGGCCUCUCUCAUUCCAGCCAUCUCAGGCCUUGGCCAUGCCAGCUACCCCAUUUUAUCCUUUUCCUGGUGGUGGGAAAGUACCAAGUCCUUGUUCUUGCCUGGCACAUUACAGCACAAGUGCCAGCAAGAACACGUGUCCUGCCACCCACCAGAUGCCUCAUUCUGGGGUGGCCUUACUAACAGGCAGAUAGAGACUCAUAACCCUUCGUUUGUCAAUCCGGAUGUCCAGAAGCUCCUUGAACUACUAAUCAGCAAAAGGGUAGAACUGAAGAGUUGGAAGGAGAAAGAAAAGGUUGGGUCAGUUUUCAAACAAUGGUGCCCAGACAACCACGUGAGCUUCUGGGGGACUCUGUGGAAGCUGCUGGGUGCUGAGCAGAACACCACCACCCUGCCAUCCUUCUGGAACAUGAAAAACAAAGCAGAGCCACUGGACCAACCUCAACCAUUCUCAUCUUCCAAGGUCUUGGAAGACCACUUGCAAUGGAAAUGCAGCCAGCUCUUCUGGGGUCUCCCCUCUCUGCACAGUGAGUCCCUGGUGGCCACUGCCUUGUUCUAUACUCACUCUUCUCCACUACAGUCUCCCUCUGUUUUAUUCAAUGGGACCUCUAAUUGCUUGCCAGUUCUAAACCAGGAUCAAAUUUCUUCACAGUUUUCCCAUGCCCCACCAUUGCUCCACCGUGGGAUCCAACCCCAACCCUCAACGCUAACCUUGCCCCAGCCCCAGGUCCCCCUUGCACCCUCUGUCCCAAUAAGACCACCUUCUCUCCCAUCCCAGAGGAGGGCCAGUGGGGUAUCUUGUGCUACAUCCCAGAAUAAGACACGAUCCUUCAUCCCAACUAAAAUGCAACAUCUGGAGUGGCCCUUGUUGCCAAAGCAACAAGAAAGGGGGAAGACUUUACCCACUAUGGAGAAAAGAUCUCCAAAAUUCUUUAGCCAAGUCCCUCCCAAGCUUCUGGAGGACCACCAGGACUCCCAGGCCCACAGAUCAGGUUCCACUUUUCAAGGGGACUUUGUCAUCUUUAAUAUCCAGAAGCCACAGCUUCAGAGGAAGCUCAGCAGGAAUAAACAGCAAAGCAACUUGCCCCACAAGGUUCAGCUGUCUCUGGAACUGAGGUGGCCUCAGGAUGAAUCCCCAGGGGUGAGUCAGGCACAGAGAGAGCAGGGGGUCUCAAGGCCCUUUGUGUUUAAGGGCAAAAGCAGCCAAGCUACAUGGAGGACCAGGUCCAGAUACCACAGGAAGUAUCAAGCAAGAUUCCAACUAGAGAAGAACUUUAGUAAGGGUCUAUGGCAGUGUCUGAAGAGGACCCCAAUAGGUCUCUCCAGGAUCUCAGCUAGGUUCCCAGUGAAGGUUCUGGGAACCAACUCCGAGAAGGAGUUUGGAAGGCCCUUGAUAAGGGCCUUGGAGGGUGAUCCAGGAAAAUACUUAGCCAGGGGACCAGAUAAGAAACAUCUAGAAAAAACUUUAAAGGUUCAUUUGCACAGGAAAUUGGGACAGAUCAGUGAGGGUCUGAUCCCUGUGACUGUUAGUCGAUCCCGGUUUGUGGCCAGCCAUGCUUUUCCCAAGUCCCAACCCCACAUGGCUAUCAGAAAUCUAGCAAUUUUGAAGGAUCGGAAGCCCUGCGUAAACACCUCCCAUGAGCUGUCCUUCCUUUGUCCUAACACUCAGCAGAAGCUGGAAAUACACAUCGUAAGUUUUCGAGUGAGGCGUAAGUGGGACCUACCUCUCCAAACUGUUGAGCCCAUAGAUCUCGAACUAUGUGAAGCUCAGCACUUGCCCUUUCCCCAGUCCCCCUUUCUGUGCUCAUCCACCUUUGUACCUGGGGCCCCCUCAAAAGCCAAAUUUUACAAGUUCUUGGGGAAACCACCUCAGCCCCAUCCAGGAGAGAAAGGUAUAACUGAAAAGUCUGAUCCCACUUCAGGGAGUCCCCUGCCUGUUUCCUCACCCAUAUGUGAGCAAAUUCAGCAGGCCCUGGGAGGGACUUCACCUGGUGAUGGCCAUCAGUCCUCAGAGACGUCUUUAUCAAGACAGGAGGGCAGAUCACCUUCUCAGGCCUCCAUUCUCAGCCUCCCAAACAGAACCCUGCACAGCAAGACUGUUAUGGGGGCCAAGAAAGACAACCUGGAAGCAAGUCCAAGUUUAGCAAUGGCCAGGAAUGAGCUAAAAGAGGAGAGAGGGGGUCAGGCCUCACCAGACAUGGUAGCAACACUGAAGAUGAAGCUCAGGUCCCAAACUCCAAGGUCUGAAGGGGCCACAGAGGUGAUGGAUGCCAAGAAGGCCCCUGCUUGGAAAGUUGUCUUAAGACCCAGUGGGCUGGCCAACAAACCAGCCAUUUGUGUGGAUCUGAGGAGAUCAGGAUAUCCAGGUGCUAGGAAAAGCCCCUCACCAUCUACAGUGUUGGUUGUUCAAGAUCCAGAGGAGGUAAGCCUUAAAACAAAGGUUAGUAAGGUUGAGCUCCAAGAGAAGAUAGAGUCGGAGAACCAGCCUGAAGGCCAUACCACUGGUGUGCUUCCUCAAGAUUCUCCCAGUGACAUCCUCCUUCCAGACUUUGCUACUUGUGUGCUUGUUGAAGACAGUGGCACCAAUGUGCUCCUGCCAGACUCUCACACUAAUGCUGUCCUUGCUGUAGACAGCUUGACAGAGUCACCCUCCUGUUCCCAAACGGAAUGUGCCAGUGGAGAGACACCAGCUUCCCCGGUGUCACAUAACCUUAGCUCAAGUGGAUCGAACAGUGAGGGGCAGCAAGAGCCCUGUGGACCAAAGGUUGAGGAAGCAAGUGACAGCCAGAGCAACAGUGAGAUCACUGAUGAAGGAAAGGACCAGAAGAGACCCAAACCAGAAGAGAAUGAAGACAGGUGUACAGAACCGUUGGAAAUCAGGGUUUCCCAAGCUAGCGAGAUAGGCCACCCUCCCCAGGUCAGAGGAUCAGGAGAGAGCCUUGGGAGCAAAUACCUCCAGCUCAUGCCACCAGAAAAGGGACAUGUUUUUCCGGAAAGCCACUUUAGACAAAGGAUGAAGAAUUUUCUGCAGUGCCUUAAUCCCAAUAAAAAAAGCAAAGGACUGGAAGGCCCCCUUCAAAAAGGCAAGCCUGCUUCAGCUCCUGCCCAGAGCUGGGUGCCAGUCAGAAGCAGAUUGGUUAUGGACAACAGGGCUGCCAAAACUCAGACGAUCAUGACAGCUGUGGGACAAAUCCUGGUGGAAAAAUUGGGACUCCACCAAGGAAUUCGGGCCUCAGAGAUAUAUCAGCACAAGGAAUUGCAGGCCCCAGUACAUAGGCAUUAUUGCCCCCACAGGGCUUUCGCCUCCACAGACCAGAAGAGAGUGAUGGGAGGGAUAGCCUCCAAUCAGCAAGGUACCCCCAAGGGUCAUAGCUGCCCUAGCAAGAGCCAGCUGACCAGAGACAGGAAUGGUGAAUGGGAAAGCCUCCCCAGGGACCUGGGGCCCCCAGGCAGACCUGGCCAGCACCAGCCGAUGGUGGGAGGUGUUUCAGGUCGAGUUCACCAUUAUCCUACAUGCAGUCUUCGAAAAUAUGUCUCAACCUAUCAGGCAGAGAACGCUUCACACAUCUUUCGUGGUCAGAAAGAUUUCCUCCAAGAAAAAAUCGAGUAUAUGCAAAGAAAGCCCAUUUUUUCUCACAUUAGCACAUCCUCUGUGUGCUAA